AUGGCCGCAGUAGUUACGAAACCCCUUUCUCCGACGGAUUGGGAGACGCUGAUUGACGAUUACAACCUGGGCGGCGCCGCUGCUCUUCAUCGCUGGUCUGGCGGCGGCCCCUUAAUCGACCUGUGCAUCUCCUCACUGGUCCGCAAAGAUUUCACCCUCCAACUCAAACUCAAUCUCCUAACUUUCCUGGAGCAUCACUCGCUUGAGCAAUCUUGCAGUUGGUGGUCAUCCUCUUCUCUCUCCGCCCUCAUCGACGCCCUCCGCUCAGUCAUUCAGUCACCAAAUGACCCGUUCCCUCUCAAGGACCAGUUCCUCGUGUCCACCACCUCCCUCGUCAUCGCCUUCUUAUUGGAUAAUGACGAAACCGGAGGCUCUCCCUCUUUGAUUCAUUUGGCUGAGCUGUUGUUGACUGUUAUCAACCGUCCCAAUCACGGCCUGGAUCGCCACACGCGGGGCGUCGCGUGCGAGUGCUUGCGUCAGCUGGAGCUCGCUUUCCCUUGUCUGCUCUCCGAAAUCACUCCUCACCUGUGGUCUUUGUGUCAAAGCGAGCGUACCCACGUCUCCCAGUGGUAUGUUCUCUUAUUGUCCACAGCCAUUCACAAUUUGGUCCAGCUCAAGCCUAUUUCAAGCAAUAACAGUAAUGGCGACUUCUCUAUUACAAAUGCUACCAUUCCUUUGCUCCCUUUCAAUGCCCCUUUGCAAUCUUUGGCCCGUGGGGAUUUUGUGUGGAAGGAGAGAGAGGUUCACUACAAAGAGCUGAGGAGAGUGGUCUCCUUUUUGUUCGAGUGCCCCCAGUACUUAACUCCCUUUGGUUUGGUGGAGUUUAUGGUUGCUAUACUUCCUGUAGCUCAAGAGCUUGAGCUUCAGGCUUCCUUGAUGAGGGUACAAUUCUCGUGGCUUCCCCACACUUUCCAGCCGUUGCUUUGCCACGUCUUUUUGGGAAUGCAUCUCAAGUUUUUAAAUUCUUUCCGAGGACAAGAAUUUGAGGUUGCUUCUCGAGUAUUGUUAUUGUCCAAAGAACCCCAACACCAUUUGGCUUUUAGGUUAUUGGGACUUCACUGGAUGUUGGGCUUCUUCAGUUUGAUAGUAGGUGUGGACGAGACGAGAAAGAGAAGCAUCCUUGAUAUGAGUUCAAGCUUUUAUCCUAUGAUUUUUGAUCCUCUCGCUAUUAAAGCCUUGAAGCUUGACUUGCUCGCAUACUGCUCUAGUUUAAUCUCUAAAAGUUCUGGAGGUGCCGAUGGUGUAAUGGUGAAUAAUAAGGUGUAUGAAGUAAAGCUAUUUGAAGAUGGCCUUGUUUGUGUAUCGGCUUUUAAAUGGCUGCCUCCAUGGAGCACCGAAACCGCAGUGGCAUUUCGUUCCUUCCAUAAGUUUCUGAUUGGUGGAUCGCCGCACCAUGAUGGUACUUCUUCUCCGGUUGCUUCUCUUGUUGAGUCUAACAUCUUUUACACGUUACAGGUAUGUAUAUACAUCUGGCAUAGAUUUGUUGUCUUCUUAUCAUCCUUUACAAUCAUUUGGAUAUCUAAGUUGGGCUGA